AUGGGAAAUAUUCUGGCCAGAUACAACCCUAUUACAGAAACUAAUUCUGAACCUGCAAUAGUAGAAACUAUUGCAACUGAGGUGGAGCCUCAGACUGAGUUAGAUAACCUCAAGGAAGAAAUUGCAGUGUUGCGUAAGAUGCAAAGUGGGUUGCUGGCAAAAAACCUUGAUGGCUUGAGCUUCACAGAAUUGCAGAAUUUGGAACAUAUGUUAAAAGAAGGUGCUUUGAGUGUCAAGGAUCACAUGGAACGAAAGCUGAUGGGGCAAUUUGAAUUGUAUAUGCCGGAGGAGGAAGAGGCUAUGAUUGAGGCCAAAACAUUACCUGAACAAGUAACUAUGAAAGAAAAUUCUUUUGAUGAAACUGACACUUUCUUGCAUUUGAGGCUGCCUGUUGAUUCCAAUUUGAAGUUGGGAACCCCAAAAGCUGAAAAUGAUGCUGACAAUCCUAUGAUCAUAGAUUGA